AUGUCUUCUGAUCCAUUAUCACUAGUUGUUAUAGCCAAAAAUUUAGAUACUUGCCAAGGCAAUGAAUUUCAAACCGUUUUAAGAACUCUCAAAUCUACUUCCUAUUUAAACCAGCAGUUGCUGAAAUCUGAUUUAAGUAUAUUUAUGGCAAAGGUUUUGAAGCUUCUUCGUUCUAAUGAUAAUCACGCAAUUUGGAAAGGUUGCCAUUUGGUUAAUGUAUUUUGUUCUUACAAUGCACUUGUGUUAUCUUCUUUUGCUGGUGAGUUGAUGACAGCUUUAUAUUCUAAAUUGGAACCGAGAUCAAGUUAUUACGUUCCGGCUACUGCAACCAUACAGGAAAGGGUGGUUUUAAGCAAUUUAGUGAAUACUAUAAGUAUUAUGAUAGAUUUGAUCAGGGAUAAACCAUCAUUGACUAGAGAGGCUUUAACCCCAAAGCUUUCCGUUAUAAUUCCUACUUUGGUCUCUUUGUCUGAAAAUGAACCUGGACAAUGUUUACCCGUGUUAAAGAAAUUGCUGUACAGGAAUACCACUACGUUCAAGCCAUACGCUAAUAAAUUCCGUAGAAUUUUGCUGAACCUAAUUAACCGUGAUUAUGAGUCCUUUAACGAAAACACAAAGCGAUUAGUUUGCGAUUGUUUUGCAUAUUUACAUUUAAUUAAAAAGACGGCACAAAAUCAAGACGAAACCAAGUCACAUCACAAGGCCUACUUGGACGAAAACUGGCGGGAGGGUAUGUUAUCAGUUUUAUUCGAAUUCAAGCCAGUUAUUCAAUUGUGCGGAGAGGUCCUGGAUUUUAAUGUAGACAGUGGGCUAUGCAAGUUGUUAGAUUCACUUUUGCAUCCGAGGCACGGAUCAGCCCAAGAAGGUCAGUUCUUACUACCAUUAAAUGUUGAUAUGAAUGAACCCUUAACUAUAUGGAAAUUAGCUGCACGUUUUAGGCUUCUUACUGAUUUGUUAAUUUCUUUCAUUAGUUCACCGACCCCGUAUGCGUUGCGGAUCCCAAUGGGUGAAAUUAUUAAAAUAUCAGAUUGCCUGUUGACUUUAACAAGCAAUUAUUUACCCCUAAAGCGAGGAUUGUUCCGUGAUUCCUCAUUAAUAUCGUCUAUUGAUUUGGUUUUCCCGCAAGUUCAAUUUCAGGGCAUUAGGUUGCUAAAUUGUAUGACCAGUGAAUUUGGUAAAUCUAUCCUGCCUUAUCUUCCAACAAUAUUAUCCUCUUUGGAGUUGUUCAUUCCUUUACAAAAUAAAACUUCAAAUAUCAAUUAUGAGAAAUGUGAUCCUAUAAGAGAAGAGAUCUUCGAAGUUGCAGAUUUAAUAAAUGCAGUUGUGCCUCAUGUGGGACACAGAUUGGAAGAACAAACUUUAAUCAUCAAAUUAACGGAUGUUUUUCUAUAUUUGCUUGAAAGCAAAUCUAAAAUAGAUCUAAUAUCUGUUAAGCAAACCAAAAAAACAUCUAGUGGUAUUUCCAAAAAGAAAAAGAACAAGUCUGACGCUUCUGGUUCAAUGUCUGACUUAUAUAGUCAUCCUCAUUUGUUCGUUGUUAAGUCGGAGCUAAAAUCCUAUGAUCAUGUCAAUCGGUUCUUUCAAAAUAUAUUAACAAAUUGGAAGUUACCAUCAACCCAACAAGUCAAGAUAAUCAAGCACACUGUUCUCUGUUCUCUAUUAUUCAAAGAACAGUCUGGAGAUAUUCCAAAGUCAUUCGUCGAAUUAUUGACAACGUUGGUUCUGCAUCCUGGGAACGAGCGUGUAUCUAUUUUACCAAUAGCUGUCAGUUUGCUAAAAGAAACUGGCAAUCCGGUAUUGGACGUUAUAUGCAAUCCUAAGUUACCAGUUCAAACUAUUCAAAUUGUAAGGAAGCCGAUUCAACAUGCAGAUGAGGAACUUACAGAUGCUAAUUUGGAUACCCUGAAUUCCAAAUCGACAAGUACAACUGUCAACUCUGAAUCUCCAGAAAUUAUUAGAGGUAAACCUUCUGUCAUUACUGAUUUAGAUAUUGUGGAAAGAUCUACUUCACAUGAAACUUCCAAAGUCUUCAAGAGAGGUCCCUCUGAACCAAAUGAUUUGGCAAAACAAGAAGCUAAACGCCCUAAACCAAUGGAUGAAUUGGUAAAAUGUUCAGUCACCUCAUCGUCGGAACCCAAAGAAGUUCUGGAAAAUGCUUCAUCUUCAGAUGAAGAAUUUGAAAUACCUGAAAUUAAUCUAAGCGAAGAGGAGGAAGAUUCCUAA